AUGGCUGCCUCGCCGUCGUCGACCCUUGUGAGCCCUCCUCGUGUUGACCUCGACGGGGAGGACACGAGCACGCUGGUUCGUGGCACGCCGGAGUGGCUGCGGUGCGCGGGCCUCGUCCGCCGCGCGCUUGAGGCCAACGGGUGGGUCGCCGUCGGGUGUCGCCGCCGCGUACCGCCGGAGCUGCGGGAGCGGAUGCUCGUGGCGAUGGCGGAGCUGUUCGCGCUCCCGCGCGAGACGAAGCGCCGGACCGGCGCCGCGGACGGCCCGUACAGGGCGUACAUGGAGAAGCGGGACUCCGCCGCGUGCCAUCACGAGGCGUUCGGGGUUCUCAACGCGGCCGCCGGCGGCGGCGAGGAGGCCCGCGCGUUCGUUGCGCGCGCGUGGCCGCACGGCAACGACCGCUUCCUGGAGACGCUGACUUCGACGGCCGGAGAGAUGGCGAGGCUGGCCCGCGUGAUCCUCGCCAUGGUCGUCGACGGCUACGGCCUCUCGCACCGCUCCGACGAGAUCGUCGCCGCCACGGACACCAACUUCCGCAUGCUCAGGUACCACAACGACAACACGCGGACGUCGUCGUCGGACGGGCAGCCGGCCGUCGGCCUCGCCGCCCACGUCGACGGGAGCUAUCUGACGGUCCUGUUCCAGAACGACGUGGACGGCUUCGAGAUGAGGACGGGGGACGGCGGGGAGUGGGCGAGGGUGCACUCUCCAGGCCCCGACUCCCUCCUCGUCGUCGCCGGCCAGCCACUCGUGGUGAGUUGGAGUAACGGGAGGCUGCACGCGCCGGUGCACCGGGUGGCCGUCGGCGGGCGGGAGGACCGGCUGUCCUGCGGCGUGUUCCUGCUUCCAAGAAGGAACCUCGUCGUCGACGCGCCGCCAGAGCUGGUCACCGUGGACGCCCCGCGCCGGUUCAGGCCGUUCGAGUACAGUGACUACCUCAGGUUCAAGCACGCCGGCGGCAACGGCGAGGACGUGCUCGACCGCUUCGCUGGGAUUUGA